ACACAGACCCACUGCGAGACCGACACACACUCACACACUCACACAACUGCACGCAGCGAGGCUCGGGAAGUCAGGUCGCCUCCUCGCCUCGGCGCCUCCUCCGCUCCAGCCAGCCGGGUCUCCUCUGGGGACCGGAGCUCGGCCGGGCAGCGCAGCCCCAAAAGAGGACGAGCUCAGCGGACCCCGGUUCCUCCAUGGGCAAACGCGGGCGGCCGCGCAAGGAGGCGCGCUGUGAGGGCGCGGGGCUGGCCCCCGCCGCGCCCCCGGCGGUGGCCGCGCCCCAGCCCCCGGCCCAGCCCGAGGAGCCCGCGGGGGCCAAGCUCAGGUGCCCCUUCUCGGACAUUUUCAACACCAGCGAGAACUCGAUGGAGAAGCACAUCAACACUUUUCUGCAGAACGUGCAGAUUCUGCUCGAGGCCGCCAGCUACCUGGAGCAGAUCGAGAAAGAAAACAAAAAGUGUGAACAUGGCUAUGCCUCCACGUUCCCCUCCAUGCCGAGCCCCCGGCUGCAGCAUUCAAAGCCCCCAAGGAGAUUGAGCCGAGCACAGAAACACAGCAACGGGAGCAGCAACACCAGCACUGCCAACAGGUCUACACACAAUGAGCUGGAAAAGAAUCGACGAGCUCAUCUGCGCCUGUGUUUAGAACGCUUAAAAGUUCUGAUUCCACUAGGACCAGACUGUACCAGGCACACAACACUUGGUUUGCUUAACAAAGCCAAAGCACACAUCAAGAAACUUGAAGAAGCUGAAAGGAAGAGCCAGCACCAGCUAGAGAACUUGGAACGAGAACAGAGAUUUUUAAAGCGGCGACUGGAACAGCUGCAGGGUCCUCAGGAGAUGGAACGAAUACGAAUGGACAGCAUUGGAUCAACUAUUUCUUCAGAUCGUUCUGAUUCAGAGCGAGAGGAGAUUGAAGUGGAUGUUGAAAGCACAGAGUUCUCCCAUGGAGAAGUGGACAAUAUCAGUACCACCAGCAUCAGUGACAUUGAUGACCACAGCAGCCUGCAGAGUAUUGGGAGUGACGAGGGUUACUCCAGUGCCACUGUCAAACUUCCGUUCACUUCCUAGAACCCAGCACGACAUAACAGUGCAGGGCAGAAUACUCACUGGGCCAGUUCAGUCCAAACAGUCUCUUAAAUUGGGUUCAUGAUGCAGUCUCCUCUUUAAAACGAAACAAAACUAUACUUGAACAAAAGGGUCAAAAGACCUCUAUGUAAGCAAUUACUUAGCAAAAAGUGGGGCAGAGCCUCCCCAGCAGAACAAAUACUCACAAUAUUCGUAUUUGAAAAUCACAGUUUCUAAUGGCAGCAGAAAACUUGGAGAAAUUUUCUUGAUUUAGUUGAUUUGAAAGAGGACAUUGGAGAUUCUGUCCUCUUUUUCUUCUGUAGUUUGCUCACAAUACAAUGAGUAGACACAUUUAAGGAUGGGGUUAUGAACCCUUCCUGAGUUUUAUGGUCCUAAAAACAAAAUCAAACCUAUAGUAAUGAGAAGACAAGAUAAUCAGGCAUUAACUUGGAUAGCUGAACAGCUAUUAAAACUCAGCCUGGGACAGCUUAUCAUGAAGCCUGUGGAUGAUCAAUUCUUGAAAGAAAAAAAAAAAAAAGCAAGCUCAUUUCAUGCUCUGCAAAAGGAGAGACUCCCAUGAAGCCUUUUGAAAGGGAUCAUCAUGCAGCUCAGCUUUCUGUUGGAUUCCAUGCUAAGCAAGCUAACCUUAUCCUGCAUUGUUAGCAGUAGGGCACCCAACCGCCAGCUCGACAGUCAGCUGCCCUUAGGCCCUUGGGCAGCAUGGGGCAGUGUGUGUCUAAUAGCCUCUACCACACAGGGCCUAGGAGUUCGGACUGAGGGGCCAGAAGGAAAAAGCUCUCCAUGCCUCUGUGUCUGCGUGGGCCAGAAGAGUUGUGCACGCAGAGUAGCAGGCCAAGGUCUGAGCCAUGGCAGCAUUUUUAUUUCAGAUUUUGAUAACUGUUUGUAUGUGUUGAAAACCAAAAUGACAUCUUUUUAAAGCUUGUCCAUAAAAAAACAUCGAUGUCUUUUAUAGUGGAAAAACACAUGGGAAAAAAAUCAUCUAUUUUGAUGGAGCAUUUGAUAAUGAUGAAACACCUCACACCUCACUCUUUAUAGUGCACAAAAUGAAUGAGGUCUGGGCUAGGUAGAAAAAAGGUCAGUGCUGUUUUUAUUUUCUUUUAGAAUCAUUACCUUUUACCAGCUUUUAACCAUCUGCUAUCUGUAGUAGACACACUAUAAUACUUCACGUAGUUAAGUUCGGCACUUGUCUCGUUUUAUUGUGAAGAUCUGCGUCCAUUCUCCUACAAGCAAUCUCUCUCCUUCCUCACAGUCCCACUGUGCAGGUGCUAUUGUUGCUCUUAUACCAAUAUUUCCAGAAAUGUUUUAAGUGAAAUUUCUUUUCUAGCCUGCACUUUGACGUCAUGUGUUCCCUUUGUCUUUCAAAAUCCAAGGUGUUCUCCACUCCCCACCCCCACCCCCCUUUACCCCAGGAAGCCUUCUUGGACCCCUUACCCCUGGCUCUUUGGACUUUGUAUACUUUGAAUAAUUUAACUACCCUUAAUUACUUAAAAAAAAAAAGCUUUAUGAUUUUCAUAACUUAUUGCUGAUUUUAAUGGGUUG